CCUAGGUUGAAAUCUGACACGUCACGUUGCCUAUCAGUUUUACAAAAAGUAAUGAAUGUGUUUUUCUUGAUAACACUGCUGAGUGACCUUUUUUUUGUUGUUUCAUGCGUGCAAAGCAGUCCAAUUCCACCAAGCAGCGAUUGGUCUAAAAUGGCCAACAUAAUUUCGACAAUGUAGAACUAGGACAGGAACUAAUCUGGUGUGCCACCAGCGAAGCAGAAGUGUAUAAAUGUCGAAACUUUACGGUGGCACUUGAACGUGAUUAUGCAUUGUUCGAAGGUUACUUUUUGAAUGUGUCCUGCCAUUUUGGUUUCGAUCAAGAUGAAUGUAUGCGACUCAUUGAUGAAGGAAAGGCUCACGCAAUGACGUUGGAUGCUGGUGAAGUUUACACUGGUGGACGGCACCAUUCGCUAGUUCCAAUUAUGCAGGAAGGAUAUGAUGGAGGUUUUUUACAAUAUCAUGCGGUUGCAGUUUUGAAAAAAGAUACCCUUCGUGAUGUGACAAAUUUGCGUCAUUUGAAGGGCAAAAAGGCUUGCUUUGCUUGGGUCGGAAGCCAUGCCGGUUGGACUCUUCCGAUUUAUACACUCCAACGUGAAGGUGGCAUGGAAAUAACAGACUGUAAUAAUCAUGUUAAAACAGCAACAGAUUUUUUCGGACCGUCAUGUGCUGUAAACGCUUUAGUAGACAAAUAUAACCCAAUUGGAGAUAAUUCUGACAAAUUAUGUUCCUUGUGUACAGGAAAAGUUCCAGGAGAAAAAUGCACUCCUAAAGACCCAUAUGCUGGAUUCGAAGGCGCUUUUCGUUGCUUAUUGGAAGCAGGCGACGUUGCCUUCAUUAAACAUACAACUGUAGACGAAAUGGUUGACAGCGGGUUAAUCCACGGGGUUUCGUCUGAUCAGUUUGAACUUCUGUGUAAAGAUGGUACACGGCAGCCGAUUUCAGAAUAUCGCCAAUGCCAUUGGGGCUUAGUACAGUCGCAUGCAUUAGUUGUAUCGUCAGCCAGAACUAGUGCUGAACGACGGCGUUACAAGAAAUUUUUCACUCAAGCCGUUAACUUGUAUUCUUCCAAAUUCAAGCGAGGUAACGAAACGGAUAACCGUUUUCGUAACAAUAAUGAGCGAGUAAAUAUUAACAAUCGAUUUGACAGUGGACGUUCUGAUGACCGUUAUUACAACAGCCGAUUUUUUACGUCAUCCACAACUGAACGCUACAAUUACGGUGAUCAACAACACGAUAAUGAUACACAGUUUUAUGAAAAAUUUAAUUUAUUUGAGUCCAGACGUUAUGGGAAGCAAUUAAACCUUAUGUUCCAGGAUACUGCGCGUUAUUUAGCACCGAUUGACGAAAAUAAUCAAAAUUUCCAGAAUUACCUCGGUGCAUCCCUCGAUCAGAUUUAUGGUGUGCGUGCUUGCCCGGUAAGUCGGAUGACUUUAUGUGUUACGUCCGAUGCGGAAAUGGAGAAGUGUAUCAAAAUGAGGACUGCAUUGAAAGCACAACUGAUUAAACCCGAAAUGCUUUGUCUGAAAGCUCAUUCCCACAUAGAUUGUAUGCGACAUGUCAAUUCUGGACAGGCCGAUGUCGUUGUGUUGGAUGCCAGCGAUGUCUACACGGGUGGUUUGAAGUAUGAUUUGCUGCCCUUUAUGUCGGAAAUAUACGAUUUAGGUCGUCCAGAAUAUUACGUAGUAGCAGUAGCUAAAGAAGAGGAUCCAGAUACUGAAUUGACAUAUCUGAAAGGAAAAUACACUUGUCACUCGGGUAUCAAUACGGCAGCUGGGUGGGUUUAUCCGAUGGCAUACCUUAUUUCCAAUGGAUGGAUGCGUCCUUAUGGUUGUGACAGUAUCCGUGCUGCAGCAGAAUAUUUCACUAAAUCGUGUGUGCCUGGAGCGAUUAGCAACGAAUAUAAUACUGGUGUGCCUUAUGAUAACUUAUGUGAUCUAUGUCGCGGAAGCAGCUACCGAUAUUGUAGACGUGAUGCUUCUGAAGAUUAUUAUGGCAAUAGUGGUGCUUUUAGAUGUUUGGUAGAAGGUGGGGGCCACGUAGCUUUCGUCAAGCACACGACUGUACUGGAAAACACGGGCGGGAAACGACGCGAAUGGUGGGCUAGAAACACACUUCCAGACGAUUUUGAGCUCUUAUGUCCAGAUGGUACACGUGCUGAAGUUAACGAAUACAUGAGGUGUAAUCUUGGAAAGGUGAAAGCUAAUGCUAUCGUAACCCGAGGGGGUCGCAGUUAUAAUGCAACGCAGUUGAAUGCAUUUAUCAAUUUAUUUACGUAUGCUCAACAGUUUUACGGUCGUCGUGACGCGGAUGAAUUCAGUUUUAGUUUGUUUUAUUCAAAUCCACCAUACUAUGAUUUAAUAUUCUCCGAUGCGACUCGAGAAUUGCGCCUAAUUCCAGGUGAUAAGCGUUGGUUUGAUGCUUAUCUAGGACCUGAUUUUAUGAGAGCACGUCGAAUUACAGACUGUCAUGCAGGUGCGAGUUCUUUAAAAUAUAGCAUAUUAACUGUGACCACAGUAGUACUAGUGUCAACUUUUAGACAAUUAAUGUAGGCCAUCGAAUGCAUUCAAUUAACACCUAGUGUUUUUCAGUCUUAUGUUAAGAAGAGUUGACCGUCAAAAAGAAUCUCUCGUUUCUUUAGUACCUAGUUGCAUUGCUAAAUGUUUUGUGAUGAUUUUGAGUUUUGUAAACAAAACACGCAUGUCAAAAACAAAAAAAAAAUCUACCUGUAAUUUUUGUUCUUGGGUCGUAUUAUGUUCAAAAACACUAUAAAAAUCGUCUUUAGCUUACAUUCACUGAUUUAAAAUACGCCAUAUGGCUUACUUAAAUAAAAAGUUAUGUCAUGACGACCAACUCUUCUCUAACAAAACAUUACCUCUUAUUACCGAAAACUUUGUAUCGGAUUUUUAAUCAAUGCAGUUGUUUGCACGAAUAGUUUAUAGUAAUCUGACCUACUAUCAGUAGAUAAUACGAAAACUCAUAUGUACAAAGUACUACAUUCCGUCCAGGUUAACACCUAAGUAGUGAUAACCAAUAUGUAUUGUAGAAGAAUGACGCAUGACAUUCCUGUUUUCUUGAUAACUCAUGUCUGUAUUUUAUCGAUUUCCUUUCAAAUUACCACCAUCAGCAACAGAUUGAAUUGGGCACAGCCUUCGUGCAAGAUAAAAUGGAUUGCAGUUUUAUUAAGGAUAAAAGAAAUUAUGCAGAACGAAUA